CCUCGAGAGGCGCCUCCGCUCAGUCGUGAUGGACGUUCUUCUGACCAGAUUUCUUGGAUUGCUGCUGCUCAGUAACUAUUUAUGUGAAGCCAACUCGACAAUGAUGUCAACAUCACCAAUUCAAAACACAUCUUCUGUCGAAUUAUUUGAAACAUUGGAUUCAUCAGCAUCAACCAGUAUUACAAAUCUCAGCGUGACAGCUCUCAGCCCAUUCGGUGCACUCGUGACGUGGAGAUCACUUAGCCAAAGGGCUACAUUCGACGUGUCCGCCACGUCCAAUUGCAUGAGAAAAAUGCAUUGCACAGAAAGGCCGCUCAUCAGCAUAUCCCAAGAUGUUGGAAACCCGAGUUGGUAUUCAGCGCUCAUCAGCAAUCUGCCAACCUGGGAGAAUACAAGCAUUAACGUCCGGGCAUGUCUGGAUUCCAGUUUCUGUGGCAAUCCGGAAGAGACUUGGGUCGUCCUAAAGGCUCAGUGGGUUCCGGAGCCAGUCAUCGUGGGCAUCGGGGCUUAUAACUCCACAUCCUUCUAUGUGGACUGGACGUACGACUCUCACGAACGAGCGCACAUCUUCGACGGUUUUGAGAUUCGUUAUUGCAAGUUUGAUCACUCUGGUUGUUUUGUGAAGCACACGCAUAAGGGCCACGUGACCGUGACUCACCAGGAGCCCGAAACGCAUUUUCGCGUAAACGUUGGCGCCGUUCUCAAUAGCCACGGCUGGGGAAAGAACGAUCUCGGUUGCGUUGCGACCGCAAUAGUGUCAACAUGGGCAGACGUUCCAUCUCGACCUACCGUGGAUGUGAACAGCACGUCGGCAAUGAGCGUGGAUUUGUCAUGGAUGUUUGUCAACAGCACCGUUUCAGUCAUACAGAUAGCUAAAAAGAACGCGCCAUGGAUCAACUGCACACGAAAUGGUAGCAUCUGUAGCACAAACAUGGAUUUGGGUUGGACGUCUCUACAAGAAAAUGGAACUCUAACGCUCAGGAACCUUCAGCAAGCGACCCAUUACAUGUUCUUUGUAAGGGGCUGCAACGAGAACGGUUGCGGCGCUCAAGCUACUGUCAACGUUUCCACGCUUGUUGCAGUUCCAGCAGCACCGGAAUUAAGGUUACCCGGAUUGGCAAUUGACCGGGUGGUAAUUGAGUGGACCAUUAAAGAAGGACCUGUAAAUCUAAUACAGGUUUCUAAGAAUAAUAAAAAGUGGUUAAACUGCACUUCAUACAACGAAACCUGUACGAGUGCCAGGACGUUUCAAGGUCAAUCUACAUUGAACAGUGGAAUAAUCACAUUCAAGCACCUUCAGCCCGCAUCUAACCAUUGGGUGUCGGUGAGGGGCUGCAACGAUUACGGAUGCGGUCAUCCGAGCGAAAUUGAAGCCCCAACAGAUAUAACUGGUUUAAGCAAGCCAACCGACCUCCGGAUAACCCCUUUGACGAAAGGAACGGCACUGGUGGAGUGGAAGUCACCCGAGGAGCCCGCAAUUCCGAGAAUGGGCUACGAAGUUACGUGGCUUUGUCAACCAGGCGAUCCGAGGAGCAUUGUUGUGUCGGAUUCCAGGGCCACCAUCAUAGAUUUGCCAACAGAAGCCUCAUGCAAAGUCUGGGUGGCGUCGUACAACCUACGGCCUUCGGGUUAUAUACUGCGAAGCCUCAAAGUGGAGGUAUCGUUGCGACACAGCUUUCGUGACACAAGCAACGAGAUUCAAGGACCCCAAGACUAGAAAAUAAAUUGACCUCAGCUACUCACCCA